AGGGUUCUGAUAACUACUCGAGCAAUCCCCAUUCAACGAACAAUUCUGCAGCGCGACACGCGGGCAAAACACUUGCAUUGAGUUUUGUGUGGAGUGCAUAUAUUACACUGCUAUCGGAACGCUGUCGGCUAUCCUUAAGUGGAACACAAAGCGAGCUUCUGAAAUCAGGCACAACUCGGAGCUUACUUCUGCUGGCAGAAAACGGUGCGUGAAACCACAGGCAGAGUAAAGUAUGACGACGCCGCUGUAUCAGUACAUCGAUGGGUUCUGCAUACCAACAGCGUUCCGCGAAGAAAACUUCCGCUCUGCCAUGAAAUACAAGGCGCGCGAAGGGGACAUCUUCAUCGUAACAUACCCGAAGUGUGGCACCACGUGGACCCAAUACAUUGUGUGCAACAUUCUCACUCGUGGACAUCUGCCAUCGGAUAUCGGCGACUAUGACCUCAUGAGCCCGUUCGUCGAUGCCAGGGGAGCCGAGGCUGCGGAGAAUCGCCCCCAAAAAGGCCCCAUUGUGACCCACCUGCCAAGAAGUGUUCUUCAGCCCCGCCACUGCGCCAAGUACAUUUACGUCGCUAGGAAUCCGUUCGACUGUGCCGUUUCCUACUAUUAUUUCCUGAAGGGAUUUACACCGAAUACUUUCCCGGACUUUGACAGCUUCUUGACCACGUUCCUUUCUGGAGAGGUUCCAUACGGUGACUACUUUGACCACCUGCUCUCCUGGUACGAGCGUCGAGGAGAUGCCAAUGUCCUGUUCAUCACUUACGAAGAACUCAAUGCAGACAGCAGGGCACAGCUUCUGAGGAUCGCCGAUUUUCUCGGCAAAGAGCACGGCACAGCGAUGCGUCAAGACGAAGCCCUACUGCGGCACGUUCUCGACUCUUGCCGCCUAGAGAAGAUGAAAGCGUUCAUCAAACACAACCCGGUGGACAGGUUUCAAUCCGACAACUGCAAAGUAUGCAUAGGAAGUGAGGAAUCUACGAACUUUGUCGAUAAUGCCGCAAUGAUCAAGGAUGCCGGCUCUCAAACAGCGCCUGCCUUUUUACGAAAAGGCAUUGUGGGAGACUGGAAGAACCACUUCACCAGUGAACAACUCGAAAAAACAAAAGCCUGGAUUUCUGACAAGACCGCUGGUAGUAAUGUCCUGAGCCUGUGGCACUCAGUGGACCUUCCCUAA